AUGUUUACCGCAGAAGAGGAAAAGUCGCCCACGAGCCAACCGAUCGAUAAUAACGAGUUUUUGAGGCAGAAAUCCGAGAUCAUAAAUAGUCAAAAGACGACGGGACAACACCGAAAGGAUCUGUUGUGCACCCGAGAGGAUCUCGAUAUGCUCGAAUUUCUGGCAGAGAAGGCGCGAAAGACGAAGAAACAGCUGAGCAUGGCGGCGGUUUGGAGGGAAUACACCGAGAGUGGCAGGUCCCGACGGACACCCGACGAUCUGUACGCGAGGUUCGUGUUUUCGAAUAAAAAAUCUACCUAGUUUCAAAAGAAGACAUAAAAAGAGCGAGUUUCAGCGUGAAAUGCAACUUUUCUUCAGAUUCCGCUACCACUUGGCGUCGCAAAUUCAUCAGCUGAAAGUGUUCGACGCACAAACUCGAGUUCUCAUGUUGUUCGUCUCAAAAUCUCCGAUAGACCGACAUUUUAUGAGAAAACUGAAGGAAAAGGCGAAAAUAGUGGUGUCGGAGAGCGGCCGAAUUGUGCAGUACAAAGAGCUCAAAAAAGGAGGGCUCCGACUAACGGCCCCGCAGAAAUUCACUCCGUUUACGGCGGAGGAGGAUCGGCAAAUGAUAAAAUUUGUGACGGAGAAAAUUUUGAAGAUACCGCAGCCGCAAGCGAUGGUUUUGAUAUGGGAAGAGUACGCGAAGACGGCGAAGACCGGCCGCGAUCCGUUGGAAUUCUGCAAACGGUUGGUCCCAGUUGCUCAGUAUCCUUAUUUGCAUGGAUUUUCCUGCAGAUUCCGCUAUAAUUUGGCGCCGAAACUGCACAAAAUGGAGAAUCUCGACGCGGAGACCAAAGUGCUCACUCUGUUUGGUUCGAGCACUCCGCUCCGAAGCUCUUUUUUGGAAAAGUUGCGAUCGGACGGGGCGGAGGUGAAGGUGGACAAGUUCGGAAGGAUCGAAUUGUACAGGGAUCACAAGAACGGCGGUCUCGAGUUGAUUUCGCGAAACGAAGAGAUGCUGGAGAAGAUUAGAGUGCUCAUGACUUCAUAA